UACCAAAUUGGCUGCUUUAUUUAAUUUAAUCGUAAAAAGCGAGCGUGAGGUGUUUACCGGUACAUUUUGUGUUCGACAUUGCUAAGCGGGAAAGUUGUAGCUAGAAACUUCCUCUCCGCUUGGUGAUUGUGAAACCGAACCCAAUUAUCCGAUUCUCACAUUGAUUGCUGCUUUUCUUAUAUUGAGUCUGUGUUGUAUUGUGAUAUCAGUAGCACCACACUAUCGCAUCCACGCCGACGCGCCGUAUUUUCAGCCAAUAUGGACCAUCUGCUUAGAUCAGCUCGUGCUUGCCGUUUACGUUACCGUUCACUUCCUUCUUCUCAAACCCUAAUUUCUCACUUCUCACGCCGCCUUCACUCAUUUCCCAUAGAAUCUGCAUCUGCUCGAUCCACCUCCUUUGUUUCCGAUGUUUCGAGUUCGCGACGGGAUUUAGGAUCGUAUUCGUUGCUUCCUGCUAUUUUGGCUGGGAUUUUUGGAAUUCGAUUGGUGGAAACGGCUUAUGCAGAUCAAGCUAAUGAGGAUGUGCAAGAAAUUGCUAAGAAAGAGCGUCAGAGAAUUCAGGAGUUGCUUACAACUAGGGGAAUUCGACAAGGUUCUUAUCCUCGCUUCAAUGUCGCUGUUAAAGGCCAGAAGGUCAGUAUCAAGUUUCAAAUUCCUCCUGGUUGUGAAGUUUCACAACUUAUUGCAAAUCUUACUGCACAUCUUGGACUGAAAUCUGAAGGCAAUGGUGGUGGUUCAGAUAUGAUUUUGCGUUCUUGGGACAGCACAGUUGCUUGGCAACUUACCCUUACUCAUCCAUCAAAUAAAAAACAUACUCAACAGAAUGAACCGUCAUCGAUAGAUACAAAUGCACAUGAUGAAGAUCUAUGUAUACUUAUCUUUCAUUCUCUUAUUGGCUCAGAUAAAGUUGAAAUUGAAUUUAUGAAGCAAGGGAACUUGAGUCCCCAAGAGCUUGAUGCUUUCAUAUCUGUUUUACAAUUAGCUGGUAACAAGUUGGUAGAAAGAAACCCCCUAGAAGGAAAGCCAAGGGAAGACACUGAACAUACGCCAUCUCUAGAUAAAUCUAUUUCUAGUCUUGAGGCCAUGGGAGUAAGAACAUAUGGACUCAAUGAACCCAUAGGUACAUCAAAUGGUGAGAUAUCAUGGGACAACAUUGCCGGGUACGAGCAUCAAAAACGGGUAAUAGAAGAUACAAUACUAUUGGCUUUGCAUAGUCCUGAAGUAUAUGAUGAUAUUGCUCGAGGGACUCGGCAUAAGUUUGAGUCUAACAAACCUCGAGCCGUGUUGUUUGAAGGUCCACCAGGUACAGGGAAAACCUCUUGUGCCCGUGUUAUUGCCAAUCAAGCGGGUGUCCCUUUGCUCUAUGUGCCCCUUGAGGUAGUCAUGUCUGAGUUCUACGGUAAAAGUGAACGCCUUCUAGGGAAAGUGUUUUCUCUAGCAAACGAUCUUCCUAAUGGUGCUAUUAUAUUUUUGGAUGAGAUUGAUUCUUUUGCUGCUGCUCGUGAUAGUGAAAUGCAUGAAGCUACACGUAGAAUAUUGUCAGUAUUACUGCGACAGAUAGAUGGCUUUGAGCAGGAUAAGAAAGUGGUUGUCAUUGCUGCCACAAAUAGAAAGGAAGACCUUGAUCCUGCAUUAAUUAGUCGGUUUGAUACUAUGAUCACUUUUGGUUUACCUGAUCAUCAUAAUCGUCAGCAGAUAGCAUCCAAAUAUGCAAAGCACCUGUCCAAAGCCGAACUUGAUGAACUUGCAAGAGUUACAGAAGAUAUGUCUGGAAGAGAUAUUAGAGAUGUUUGUCUGCAAGCGGAACGAUCCUGGGCAUCAAAGAUUAUUCGGGGACAAAUAUCCAAAGAUGACGAAGAAGUGAACCUUCCACAUUUACAAGAAUAUAUAGAGUGCGCCACAAACCGACGGGAAGCGCUGCUUAGUACUGCUGCAAAGAGGAAGCUCCAAAGUUCUUCCCGAAACAGGAUAAUAAGUGACUAAGCACAUGUUUGUUUGGGCGGUGGGUAAGAGAUAAACGCGCAUCCAUUUAGAAACCAGAGUUUGUAGCCUCUACUUUAUCACAUUGAAAUGUCCUUCGACCGUGCGAUUGAGGUAGAGAGAUGAACAACCAAACAUUGGCUAAGACUUGGGACCUCAUUUGACAGAGCUCAAAGGCUUGAUUAUUAUUUUCUGUUUUAAUAUUAACUUAUUCAUAUAAAGAACCCUCAAAUUGGACUUUUUGUAGUGGUUAAGGACUAACUUGUUUCUUUGACUUAUUUUCUCUCUGAAAAAGAAAGAGUUUGACCUAUUUUAGCUUA